AUGUUGAGAAACGUUGUCCAAAAGAACAUUGCCAGAACCUUCGCUACUGAAGCUUCUUUGCCAAAGAAAUACGGUGGCAGAUACGACGUCACCUUGAUCCCAGGUGAUGGUGUUGGUGAAGAAAUCACCAAGUCCGUUGUCGACAUCUUCAAGGCCGAAAGAGUCCCAGUCGACUGGGAAGUCAUUAAGGGUGACGAACGUGAAGACGUUGUCGACGCCGCCGUCGCCUCUUUGAAGAGAAACAAGGUUGGUUUGAAAGGUAUCUUCCACACCCCAAACGACAUUGGUAAGAACUCCCUCAACGUUGCCUUGAGAAAGCAAUUGGACAUUUACGCUUCUUUGACCUUGAUUAAAAACAUCCCAGGGGUCAAGACCAGAAUGGACGGGAUCGACAUUGCCUUGAUCAGAGAAAACACCGAAGGUGAAUACUCUGGUUUGGAACACCAAUCUGUCCCAGGGGUCGUCGAAUCAUUGAAGAUCAUGACCAAGUACAAGUCCGAAAGAAUCGCCAAGUUUGCUUUCGACUUUGCUUUGAAGAACGACAGAAAGAAGGUCACUGCUGUCCACAAGGCCAACAUCAUGAAGUUGGGUGAUGGUUUGUUCAGAACCACCGUCCAAGACGUUGGUAAGGAAUACCAAGGUAUCGACGUCGACACCAUCAUUGUCGACAACGCCUCGAUGCAAGCGGUUUCCAGACCUCAACAAUUCGACGUCUUGGUCACCCCAAACUUGUACGGUAGUAUCUUGUCCAACAUUGGUGCCGCCUUGAUUGGUGGUCCAGGUUUGGUUCCAGGUGCCAACUUUGGUAGAGAACACGCUAUUUUCGAACCAGGUUGUAGACACGUUGGUUUGGACAUCAGUGGUAAGCACGUUGCCAACCCAACCGCCAUGAUCUUGUCGUCUGCCUUGAUGUUGAGACACUUGGGUUUGCAAGAAAACGCCGACAGAAUCUCCGCUGCGGUUUACGAAGUCAUUGCCGAAGGUAAGACCACCACCCAAGAUAUUGGCGGGUCUGCUACCACCGAAGAGUUCACCAAGGCUGUUUUGGACAAAUUGGCCGCCUAA